GCAAUAAUAUAAACAUGUCUGGCCGCUUCGCCUGGCUCGAACCGAGGCUCGCAAGGGGCUAUGCAGUUCUUCAUCAAACUGUGCAAAAACUCUCAUUAUGCAUUUGCCCGCGGUGGUGCAGAGCUAAAUCUCGAUCAUUGCUAGAGAAUAUGCACAUAGCUGCGGCGUGCACGCGCGAGGAAAGAGGAUACCCUGCCUGCAGCCGCUGCAAGAAAGAGAGAGGGGACUCAGCCGUGCUUUCAUCAUUAUAAUCACCAUCCUAAGUGCUCGCUCUUAACAUUUUGUUUUUCGCUGUUCGGGCGAGAAGUGACAAGAGUAUAGACCCCUCCUCUGCAGGGCGGAGCGUGCAUUUUCAUUUCGGUAUUUUGUAUUUUUUUUUUAUUUAUUUAUUUUUUUUAUUUUUUCCUCCUUCCUACCCCUGUACCCUGCUCUGACACGUCUGCACUGAGUGAGUGGCAUUGGCACACUGUCAAUCGCUCACUAGCGCUGCCAUCAAACAACAUAAAACACACACAGGCAGAGGGCUGGAGCUCAUAAAUUUCAGCAGGGCAAGAUAUUUUUUUGCGCAUCGCCUUUUAUACAGCGUUCUAUUCUAAUUAAUUUCGUCUCGCCGUUGCUUUUUUCUCUCCUUUCUUUUGCAACAACAACAACAACAAAAAUCGCAACUUUUUCUACAUUUCAUAUUUUUCUUAUAUUAACCUUUGGACACCUUGUGCUGCAGAUUGUGAUUUUUCUUUUUUAAAUACAGGGAACAUUAUUCCACGUUUACCUGAGAUUUAGCCUGAGAUUUUUAUUUUUUAUUUUUUAUUUUUUUUACCACUAUUAUUUGUUUACACAUUUCCACGUUGGAUAAUUUUCGCAAAGGAGGAUUUGGACAUUUUCAAGAGGACAUGCGCCGGGGAUUCUGGUGAAGAGACCACCAAGGACCGUUUCUUGUCUCCACUACCGGUGUUAAAUCGCAGAGAGAGAGUGAGAGAGAGAGGGGGGGAAAAAGACUGAUCGGUGCGAGGAUUUGGAGCGGGGAUAUGAUGGAGCGUCAAUUUUGACGAAGAAGUUUUUUAGAAGAAGAAGAAAGAUUUUUCUUUCUUUCUUUUUUUUUUUUUUUUCUUCCCUACGCAAAACACUGCCACGCGUUUUUGGGCACUUUGGACCCGCGCGUAAAAAAAGAAAGCAUCAAGAGGACUACUUCACACUAAAAAUAUAUGUAUAUAUACAUACAAGAUACAUAUACCUGCUGUAGUUGUUAUUUAAGAAACACGCGUCUUUAUUUCGCCGAACAAACACUGCGUUUGCAUCCAUCCUAGUCUCUACGGCAUAUGCUCUAGCCGAUUUCGUAUAUGAGUUUUUCAAUUUGUGUGGCUCAGUGCACAGACUCUUUAGCGGCUACUAUGGACGAUCAAGCCCGGAUCAUGCAGUCCAUCGGCGGCGUCAGUCUGGCCGGCCACUCGGUGCAGGGAGGCAUGCCGCUGCCGCCUCCGCACGGACACGACGGGACGGACGGGGACGGGAGGAAGCAAGACAUCGGUGACAUUCUGCAUCAGAUCAUGACCAUAACCGAUCAGAGUCUGGACGAGGCGCAAGCAAAAAACAGGAAACAUGGACUGAACUGUCACAGAAUGAAACCAGCACUCUUCAGCGUUCUCUGUGAAAUCAAAGAAAAGACAGGUCUCAGCAUCCGAGGUGCCCAGGAGGAGGACCCUCCGGACCCUCAGCUCAUGCGCUUAGACAACAUGCUGCUGGCGGAGGGAGUGGCGGGGCCGGAGAAGGGCGGCGGAUCCGCGGCAGCUGCGGCAGCGGCCGCAGCCUCGGGAGGGGCGGCCGACAACUCCAUCGAACAUUCUGACUACAGAGCCAAACUCACACAGAUCAGACAGAUCUACCACACAGAGCUCGAGAAAUACGAGCAGGCAUGCAACGAGUUCACCACCCAUGUGAUGAACCUGCUGAGGGAACAGUCUCGCACGCGGCCCAUCUCGCCCAAAGAGAUCGAGCGCAUGGUGGGAAUAAUCCACCGCAAGUUCAGCUCCAUCCAGAUGCAGCUGAAGCAAAGCACCUGCGAGGCUGUCAUGAUCCUGCGCUCCAGAUUCCUUGAUGCCAGGCGAAAAAGGAGAAACUUCAGCAAGCAGGCGACGGAAAUUUUGAACGAAUAUUUCUACUCGCACCUCAGCAACCCGUACCCGAGCGAGGAGGCUAAGGAGGAAUUGGCCAAGAAGUGCAGCAUCACCGUUUCCCAGGGGGUGGGAAGCACCAUCACAGUAUCACAGGUAUCCAACUGGUUCGGCAACAAGCGGAUCCGGUACAAGAAGAACAUCGGCAAGUUUCAGGAAGAGGCCAACCUGUACGCCGCCAAGACGGCCGUGAACGCGGCGCACGCCGCGGCCGCUGCGGUGCAGAACAGCCAGGCCAACUCCCCCACCACUCCCAACUCCGGAUUCCAGAUGAAAGACGAAGAGUUUCAGCUGGAUUCUGCAGAGAGCAAAAACACUCUUUUAAGCAACAUGUUUACUGGUUCUUCGGGUUCUUUUAGCCUCCCAAACACUGGGGACAUGUUCUUGAGCAUGCAGAGUCUGAAUGGGGAUUCUUACCAAGGGGCACAAGUCGGAGCCAAUGUACAGUCACAGGUGGAUACCCUGCGCCAUGUUAUCAGUCAGACGGCAGGAUACAAUGAUGCUCUAGCAGGAAACACCAUGUAUAGCCCUCAUGGCCUAAACGCUAAUGGAGGAUGGCAAGAUGCAAGGACUCCAUCUUCUGUGAUCUCUCCUACAGAAGGGCCUGGAAGUGUGCACUCAGACACCUCAAACUGAUUAAUGCAUCUUCCCCUGCAGCGCAGCAUGGACUUCUUCAUUUCCUGUAAAACAGACGAGGACUUAAAAAGCAAAAAAAAAAAAAAAACAAAA